AUGGGUAAUUCAUAAAAAAAUGAUUAGAAAUUAAUCUCCACAGUUUGGUUAGGUGUAAAUGUAAUACAUAAACUCUAUAUUAGGAUGAUUGGCCAUCUAUAAUGAAGGAGAAAUUAUCUCGAAUUUCUGAAGAAUGGUCUACACCUCUUCUUCUAUCAUUAAAUCGAUUCUCUUUCAAAGAGUAAAACAAAUUUAGGAAUAAAAUCAAAGCCAUUUGUAUUUAUAUUCCUUAUUCAAAGUAACUUAGAAAAUAAAAAAUGAACAAUAUGAUGAACUCAUCUAAUAAAGCUAAAUCUUUUUGUAAAUUGAUUUCAAUUUAUUAUGAUAUUUAUAGGAAUAACAAUGAAUUUCUUCGACAAGAUAUCCAAUUAUUAAACACAGGAAUAUCAGAUCUUACUAUAUCAACCAAUUAUAAUUCAUGUAAUCUAUAUAUUAAACUUAGAUAAAAUUAAUGAUAGUCAAUCUAUAUCAUCUAAAAUUGAAAAUAGUAUAUACGUUGAAGAUUAAAAUCCUUAAGUUUAAUAAUUCUAUGUUGUUUUUUCUUGUAUUAAUGAUGCUUUUAAUAGUACAAGACAUCCAUUUAUUCACUUCAUUAUUAUAUUUAAAGAAUGGACAACUGCAUAAUUUAUUAGUAUCAAAAAUCUUUAAAAUAAUAUUCAACAUAUUAAAUAGAGACUCUCAAAAUUCUAGAUAUCUUCAGAUCUAUUUUUGAACUUCUUUAUUUUUUCAUUAAAUGAAUAUUUAGGAGAUUUUGGUGAAGAUCUAACUGAAGAUAGCUUCAAUAAAUAUAUCAAAGAUAAAUAAAAUUAUUUCAAUUUAUGUCUCUAACAUGUAAUUCAAUACUCUACAUUAGAUCUAUGA